GCCCGCGCGGGACACCACCCGUCCUCUCGCGCCUUUUCCCGCUAGCCAACGCGCGGCACCGCACCACAAGGCGCGCCCCCUCUGCUCCUCCCUCCCUCUCUCGCCUGCAGCGCUAGCGAGCCCUCGUCUUCCCCUCCCCAUUAUUCCCGGGAUUCCCCUGUUGCUGCGACUGCGGCCCGCCCCACCCACCUACCGCCGCCCGCUUCUCCUCCGCGCCUCGCUUCCGGGCAAGCUCCGAGCGCCGCGCGGGACCGGGCCAUGGGGAAGUACAUGCGCAAGGGCAAGGUGUCCGGGGAGGUCGCCCUUAUGGAGGUCCCCGGCGGCGCGCUGCUCGGCGUCCGCACGCGCUCCCGCACGCUCGCGCUGCAGCGGGCGCAGAGGCCGCUCGACAAGGGGGACGCGGAGGACGCCGCCGGGGAGUACCUCGAGCUCCGGAGCAGGAGGCUCGAGAAGCCGCACAAGGAGCAGGCGCCCGCGCCCGCGCCCAAGAGGGGCGCCGGGAAAAAGGCCGCCGCCGCGUCGCCCGCGCUGGCCGACGACGAGGUCGAGGGCUCCUUUGGGGAGAACAUGCUCGACUUCGACGCCAUGGAAAGGAGUACCAGAGAGACGACGCCUUGCAGUUUGAUUAGGAACUCAGAGAUGAUAAGCACCCCAGGAUCCACAACUAAAAGCAAAUCCAGCAACUCGAUGACUUCCCGUCGCAGAAUGGAAGCCUCAGUCUGCCGUUUCAUACCGAGUUCACUUGAGAUGGAAGAGUUCUUCACAGCGGCUGAACAACAUGAGCAGCAUACCUUCAGGGAGAAGUAUAACUUCUGUCCUGUGAACGACUGUCCUCUUCCUGGACGGUAUGAAUGGACGAGGCUAGAUUGCUAGAUUUUCAGCACAAGAGCUCCAUUGAUCUGAUAUGUCUACAACAAUUACCAGCGCCGUGGUCGUGGCGCAACCAACUGGAUUGCAUUACCUUUCUUGUCUGUUGUAAAAAUUAGAGUAGUUAGCCUGUAGCUGAAUGAUCUUGUGUAACGAACAGGUGCAGCGCUGAGUUACACCCAGAUCCCCAACCUUACUGUAACCGUUAACUGCUCAACGCUCAUGCCGUAACCGAAUCAUCUCAUGUAGUGUAGUGUAGGCCUAAUCAUCUGUUCCUAGCCCUUGAAUCAAUUUAAUGAAUUAGAGUUAGAUUUCCAUGGCAUUUGCCUGA